UCACGAUGCCGGAUGAGAAGAAAGCGCAGGCAACUUCCAAGAAGGGCGCCAAGAAAAUCAUCAAGAAGGCGCCGGGGAAAGGCGGCAAGACAAAGAAACGAUCCAGGAAAGAAAGUUACGCCAUCUACAUCUAUAAAGUGAUGAAGCAGGUUCACCCCGACACCGGCAUCUCCUCCAAGGCGAUGAGCAUCAUGAACUCGUUCGUCAAGGAUAUUUUCGAGCGUAUCGCGGGGGAGGCUUCCCGCCUGGCCCAUUACAACAAGCGCAGGACCAUCAGCUCCCGGGAGAUCCAGACCGCGGUGCGGCUGCUGCUGCCCGGGGAGCUGGCCAAGCACGCCGUGUCGGAGGGUACAAAGGCGGUGACCAAGUACACCAGCUCCAAGUGAGACCCCACAUUGUGCUGAGAAAAACACAUCCAAAACCCAACGGCUCUUUUCAGAGCCACCCACAAUUUCAAUGAAGCAGUUGAACCAUUUUUCGUUUGUAAAUGAUUCUCGGUAUCUAUAAUUAAUGUCUCUAAUCUUAUCUUUGUUUACACAAACGUUCUAAA